AGUGAGUCGCCGGCCAGCUUUAGUCGACUCUGCGCAUCUAAAGUGUGAGGUUCGAGGCACAAACUCGUACGAGUUUCAAGUGUUAGCCCCCCCCCCUGAGAUUAUGUUAGCCCCCGUCCAGGCCUGUUUGGCGCUGCUGGCCGUGAUAAGCCAGCAGGAGCUGCUGCUCCAGGCAGCCCCGGCACCGUUUCCAGCCAUUGAGAAUGCUGCCUUCACCAGCCAAGAUUUAUUGGCCGAGGAAUCGGCAGCCAUCGCCUGGCAGCCAGAGGUGGCGCCUGCCCUCAGCAGCCAUGUCCAGCAUAAGCGUCACCGGCGACAUCACGAGGAUAGCAGGAAACAUCACCACAAGCGGCACUGGGAUCACCAUUCCCUCGGCCCGAGCUGCCACCACGGCAGCCACGAGGACUUCGGUCCGGACUUUCACCAUCAUGGACCUCCCAACAGAUUUCAUCCGUAUCCGAAUGGCUUUGGGCCGUUCCCUGGCUUUGGUCCGCCCGGACAUGAUGAGCAGCAGCGUCCCUUUGAGGCGGAUCUGGAGCCGUUUAAAGACAAUAAUGGUGGAUCGCGGCCAGAUGCCAGUCAGACGCGCACCAGCAGCCAAGCUCCGCCGACAGCAGCCGCCACAACGUCAACGACCACUCCAGCACCCCCCUCCAGCAGCACCACAGCAGAAGACUACACCUUGGCCAUUGACAUACGCAUUGGAUAGCCCAUCCUACUGUACAUAUGCAUAGCUAGACCUAAGACCCCAUUCUGAUUUAUCCAUCUGUACUCGUUUGGUAUGCCCGGCAUUAAAGCUGCUGCCUUAA